AAAGAGAGAUUUAACUGAGAGCUGUGCUUGGAAUAAAGUGGGCUACAGAAAGGUCAAAUUUGAUCAGUUGGAGCAGAUUACAAGGGCUUUAAAAGGUGGUGUGGAGAAAUGAGCCCGAGCUGGGAAGUAAUAUAGCACGGGAUUGAUUUGGGGGGUGGAGAAAAGCCAGGACAAGUGCUUAUCAGUCUUGAAGGAGGAAGAGCCGGCCCAGCAGCCUCCGCCACCCCAUCCCUCUCCCCUCCUCCCGGCCUCCGAGUCGCCUUCAGCUGCCUCUUAGACAAUGGUUUCCUUAAUCUCUGACUUGGACCCCCUGAAAGACUGGAAAGUUCUAAGAGAGACAACCACAGAAUUAGCCGGAAGUCUACCAAGUAACGGCACAGCCAGCAAGAUGAACGGCGCCUUGGAUCACUCGGACCAGCCCGACCCAGAUGCCAUUAAGAUGUUCGUGGGACAGAUCCCCCGGUCCUGGUCGGAAAAGGAGCUGAAAGAACUUUUUGAGCCUUACGGAGCCGUGUACCAGAUCAACGUCCUCCGGGACCGAAGCCAGAACCCUCCCCAGAGUAAAGGUUGUUGUUUCGUAACAUUUUAUACAAGAAAAGCUGCACUUGAAGCCCAGAAUGCACUGCACAAUAUUAAAACGUUACCUGGGAUGCAUCAUCCCAUUCAGAUGAAGCCCGCGGACAGCGAGAAGUCGAAUGCCGUGGAAGACAGGAAGUUGUUCAUAGGAAUGGUCUCCAAGAAGUGCAACGAGAACGAUAUCAGGGUCAUGUUCUCUCCGUUCGGCCAGAUCGAGGAGUGCCGCAUCCUGCGGGGGCCCGACGGGCUGAGCCGAGGCUGUGCGUUUGUCACAUUUUCUACAAGGGCAAUGGCACAGAAUGCAAUCAAAGCCAUGCACCAGUCUCAGACUAUGGAGGGCUGCUCCUCGCCCAUCGUGGUCAAGUUCGCGGACACGCAGAAGGACAAGGAGCAGCGGCGCCUGCAGCAGCAGCUGGCCCAGCAGAUGCAGCAGCUCAACACGGCCACGUGGGGGAACCUGACGGGCCUGGGCGGCCUCACCCCGCAGUACCUGGCGCUCCUCCAGCAGGCCACCUCGUCCAGCAGCCUGGGCGCGUUCAGCGGCAUCCAGCAGAUGGCCGGCAUGAACGCGCUGCAGCUCCAGAACCUGGCCACACUGGCGGCAGCUGCGGCCGCGGCCCAGAGCUCAGCCACCACCACCAACGCCAACCCCCUGUCCACCACGAGCAGCGCCCUGGGGGCCCUCACCAGUCCGGUGGCAGCGUCGACCCCCAACUCCACAGCUGGUGCGGCCAUGAACUCUCUGACCUCCCUCGGGACCCUGCAGGGCCUGGCAGGCGCCACGGUCGGGCUGAACAAUAUUAACGCGCUAGCAGGUACCAUCCACAUUGCUCAAAUGCUCUCAGGUAUGGCGGCUCUGAACGGAGGACUCGGCGCCACGGGCUUGGCGAAUGGCACGGCGGGCACCAUGGACGCCCUCACCCAGGCCUACUCAGGGAUCCAGCAGUACGCGGCAGCCGCGCUGCCCACGCUGUACAGCCAGAGCCUGCUGCAGCAGCAGAGCGCGGCGGGCAGCCAGAAGGAAGGUCCAGAGGGUGCAAACCUCUUUAUUUACCACCUCCCACAGGAGUUUGGAGACCAGGACAUUCUGCAGAUGUUCAUGCCUUUCGGAAAUGUCAUCUCUGCUAAAGUCUUCAUUGACAAACAGACCAACCUGAGCAAGUGCUUUGGCUUCGUCAGCUACGACAAUCCAGUGUCCGCGCAAGCGGCCAUCCAGGCCAUGAACGGCUUCCAGAUCGGCAUGAAACGCUUGAAGGUCCAGCUGAAGCGCUCCAAAAACGACAGCAAACCUUACUGACCUAGCCCCGAGGCUCCCUGCUCUUACUUUAGCUUUCUUAGGGUAAGUCCCGCGAGCCGGCCUGUCCCGACAGCAGAGGCAGAGGAGGACCGCAUGGCCAACCUACCGAGAGACGGUUAUUUUUACAAUAAGGCCUCCACAACCCCACCCCACCCAGUUCGCCAUAAUUAAACUUGGGCUACCCAGUUUCUGUUGAGGACACCCUCCGGUCCCGCCACUGUACGCUCCUUGGUUUUGCAAUUCGAAUCUCCUUUGACCUUUUUCCGUUCAGUUUGGUUUUGAAUUUUGUGGGGUUUUUUUUUUUUUGCUGUUUUUUUAAGGAAAAAACACAAAUAAAUGCCAUCUUGAGAAUGAAAAGGCAAACAAAGGCAGAUGUGUGCUGUGCCCAGGGCACUGCCUAGCGAGGCGCCCCUCCUGCGGGCGCCCACCCCCAGGAGGGGCUGGUCGGAGGCGGCACCGGCGGUGGCCUAGGGGGACAGGGAAGCCAGGAGAAGCACUUAACAUGAGACAAGACGUCUUUCCACUACAUCCGGUUCCUUUGGUUAAGCAGGAUUUUAUUUUAGGGUUCAAAGAAACAUGACAUUUAUUGGUCAGAUUAUUACACUGGUUGUCUAUUUUGUUAGUUUUAUUUUAGUUUUUAGAAAGGAUUAAUGUAAAAAAAAAAGAUUUAGAGAUCUGUUUCUUAAAGCUACAGGGUUUAAAAUAAAAUAAAAUGAGUGAAAAUACUUGAUGUUUCUUGAAAGAUAAAUUUAAUAAUAAAUAAAUACUACAUAAAUAAUACAUAAAAAAGAAAGCCACAGGCCUGUAAAUUUUAUUUGUAAAAAAAGCAUUUCUAUUUUUGUACAAAAUUUUUACUGCCUCAGAAAUAAUGGAAGUUAUUUAUUGCCUAUUGUUAACUUAUUGGGAACCUGAAGAGCAGUUCUCUGUGCUAGCGAGAUUCUUUGAAGUAGUCUCUGGAGGAAGCGUUCUCGGAACGGGCUUUCUCUCGCCGUGGACCCUAGGCCUGCAGCUCAUGCUCUCCCUCUCGUUGUUUGUAUGUCUGAUGCUCCGUGCGUGACGUCCAUGACCUAGUUUACAGUCUGACCCUCCCCGUUUGUCACCUCUCGUUGGAACUGGCCCCUCCCCUGUCCUCUGCCGCCCCGACCCCGUGCCCAGAGCACCUGGAAUCCAUCCCCCUCCCUCUCGGAUGGAUUCGGUCCCGUGCUGUGGUUCAGGCUGUCAGGAAUGCAAAUGGCUGGGACGGCUGCGGCAGGCCUGGGUUUGCAUCGGCGGCCGAGGGUGUUGGCGCGCUGCCCGCGGCUCCUGUGUAACUCUCGACUCUCCCUUGUUUUCUCCCUAGACAUCUUCAUGCCCGUUAGUUCACCGUUUGCCUAGCAUGUCCCUGUGGCGUCUCAAACAGUUUCAUCGUCCCGUCAUUGUUUCUGAUGUCUUUCUGACCUCACAUCAUACUCGGUUCUCCUACUGACCUUUGAUCUAGUUUGACCUUUGAGAUUUGCAUGUGACCUCAUCUAGCUCUGAAUUCUGGGAAGUCAAUGUGAAAAAACAAACAUUGCUGCAUUCAUGCAAGACUGAAAGUUAUUAUUAGACAAAUUAACUAUAGGGAAAAAAAAACCUGUGGCAAAAAUGUUUCUUUCUUUCUUCUUUUUUUUUUUUCUUUUCAUAAAACAGACUUGAAAGUAUUAUACAGGGAUUGGCAUUCUUCCCGACUGGUGACAGCAGUAUGCACCCAGGGGCACAGAAUGUUGGUUUCUAACAGACUACUUCCAAAACAGUUUGAGAAAAAAAACUGUCUGAUUUUAAGUCUCUAGAGGUCUGUAAUAGUUUUUACAUUUUUCAGGCAGUGUAAAGUUUUUUGAUAAGGCCAUUUUAGGUGGCUCACUUUCUCAUUAAGAUAUAUAUAUAGAACCACUUUUUGUAGAUUAGUAUAAGAAAAAUAUUUACCCUGUUUUGGGGCAAAUGCUACCUAUUUGUGUCACCUUUUGCUGAACUGACUCACAGUUAGACAAUCCAUGGUUUGACGCACAUGAAAUUCCCUAUAUUUUAUACUGUUUCAAUGUACAGGAGAAGGGUUACUGUAAACUGUUCCGUUGGUGCUUCUGUGAAUUCAGUUGUGGUUUCAUCAUGAGUCUUACGGUCUUAAUGUUCUUUGUUGAUAAGACAAGUUUAGAAUUGGUUUUCUUAAAACAAAAAAAGAAUAAAAAAAAAAAGUUGUUUGCUUAAAAAUAAAUUUCAUGUGAGGGGGAAAAAAAAAAACACCUAUUCCAGAAUAAGUUUUGUGUUGGCUUGUAAAGCAUUGAUGUCAUUUUUUUUUAAAUUGUGAACUAUUUAGAUGUGUUUGUGUUCAGCAAAAUGUGAUUUUUUUUUCUUUUAAAGAAAAAAGUGAAAAUCUAUAGUGCCAAACUCCAAAGGUACUUCCUUCCUAGCUCCAGUGUUUCUCGUGAGAAGUAAUUUGAUAACAUGGGUAUUUUAUUAUGUGUUUUGUAUAAAUCCCUAAUAUUUAAAAAACAAAAAACAAACAAAAAAAGGUUAUAAAGUUUGUUAACUUGCUAUCCUGUGGUCUCGUUGCCUGAAACUGUUAUUGUUUGUUACUUCUCGAUGAUGUUUUUUGUAAGACAUUGUACAAGUGCCCAUGCGUCCCCUUUUCUAAGCCUCUGCACACGGGGCCCGCAGCCCCGCUCUGUACUUUUCUUCAUGACACGUGGAAACCUCUAAGGUGAGAAAGUUUUGAACUUUUAACCCUUUCUACCCAGAGCUCUCUGAAAUGUUGAUAACUUUUUAUACUGUCAUCAUUUUAGUUUGUUUUGGGGCGUUUCAAAUGUGGGACUUUUUUUCUGCAUAUACCAUUCUUUGAGUGCAUACUACUUUCUUCUUAUCCUUCGGAUGAGAGUCAAAAGAAAACAAACAGAUUCGAAGGGGGGUAAACAAGUACACUUUUUUUUUUAAUCUUGAUUCUUUCUGAUCAUUUUUUUACAAACGAAUUCUCAGCGUGCUGCUGGACCCUGGCCUCGGUUUCAACUCUCGGCAGAGUCCCUGGGGCAGGCGGGACCCGCGGAGCGGGGGGCCACCUAAUCCGGAGCCCCCCGUCGGGGGCCACUGGGUACGGGGGUGCCAGCCGGGGGCUGCCCAGGCGCAGUCUCGGGGAGAUCCGCUUCCAUUUCUUUGGUCCCAAUGACGUUUCCCACCAGCCCUGCGGACCCCGUGAGCGGGCAGGGGCCAGGCGAGGCGCUGGGCGCCCCCCGCCUUCCUUUUCCUGACGGAAUGGUUCCCACGGGGCCGCUCCGCCCUGCGGAACCCUGUCCUCAGUCACGGUUGCUGACCAAAUACCUAGCACCAGUUCCUGCUGCCACUUUGACAAGUGCCAUGUCUACUCCUCUGACGUCACUCCACGUGAGCACAUCUCCCGCCGCCCCGCCCCGCAGUGUCACCCCUCCGCCCGCCAGGCGCCUCCAGGUGGCUCAUCCCCACUGCCGGCCGCCUCGCCCCCCUCCCCCCACCCACCAGUCAGGUUUGAUGCGUGUGGAUGGGAAGGACCAGCCUCUAUAAUGAUGCAAAAAAUAAAUCACACACGCACACGCACACGCACGUUUCCUUCCCACAGCACACGCACUGCUAGCGAAACGCUCCGUACUCCUCACACUCGCGUGUUUACUAUGCUGGGGCCUUCCGCCACCCUCCGCACUGCGCUGCCCUCCCGCACGUGGGCCGGCAGGGGCACGCACACAGCCCCCCUCUCCGCCACGGGUGGGGGGCCCAGACACAAGAGCACAUCCUUGGAAUCUCCCAUCUCCAGAACUCGGUUCCCAUCUCUCCACGGGCACCCCCGCCCCUGGCGUGUCCCCGAGGCACCUGCGCAGGGCUCAGGGCGGCCACUUGGGCCGGGCCAGCAGCACAGCACUUUGAGGGGGGGAAAUCCACCUUUUCUUUUUUUUCCCCUUUGCAUGUUUCAUUGUGGUGACGAUACCCCUCCUCAGAAGACAAGUCGUCCUCCUAUACUCAAUAGCGAAGGAAAACGCUGCAAGGGUGCAAAGGGCCUUGCCAGAAGAAACACACACGCGCACACACACACACACACACACACACACACACACAGGGAACCCGCUUUUUAAACAUCAAGUGUAGAGUCUAGUGGCUUUUAAACUCUGAGAGCAUCACAGACAGUGACUGUCCGGCGCGGGGAGCCCGCCCUGCAUCCACCCUAGGGGUGACCGUUCUUGGCUUGUGCUACUCUGGAAUCAUUUUACUGUUUCUGUUUUUAUUAUCUUAAGUGCUAUAAUUAACAAGAAAUAAAAUUUUAAAAAAAACCUGUAGUUUCAUUACCUUUUUGAAUAAUGUCAUACAAAAAAUGUAUUUGUGUUUUUUUGUGCUGUGAGAAUUGCUGUUUGUAGAUUAAAUAAUACCAUUUUGUUUAGAAUUAUAAAAUAGUUUUUAAAUAUUGUCUGAGAAAAGCCAAAGUUAAUGCAACCUAGUGGAAACUGUAAGACCAUUUGAGUAUUGUUUGUUUUAUUGAUGCAUUUGGAUUUUGUUGUUUGAUGGAAUUUGAGCCAAAAAAAAAAAAAAACGCAGGCUUUCCUAUUUCUACAACUGAUUGUACUUAUGCAUUUUGUACCAGUGGAACUUUUUAUACUGGAGAUUAAAAAAAAAAAAAGGAAAUUUUUGUGGCUUCCUCUUGUGGGCCUCGACAACGACUGAUUUCAAGCUUGAUUUCUGGUUGAUAGGAAGAAAGUUGCUUUUCUUUUCAGAAUUAAAAACUUUGGCUUGGUUUCUUUUCUCCCUUUGCUUAUAUCUAGCAUUAGAAUUUUGUCUUAAAAUACAGCGGUAAGUUUCACUUUUUAUUCUGUAUCGUGCAGUUACACAAUAAGGUAAUUAGAUUUAGAAGUACUCGGUCACUUUAAGUGGAUAAAUGUAUUAGUUAAAAUUUAGCAGUUUGCUUUUUUGCUAUUUAGAUCAAAGUUUUUUCUGAUUCUUCUGUCCUCAUUGUGAACAUAACCGUGUAGUUGAAACAGUCAAACUUAUUUUUGUAACGUAUGUUACUGUGUGAUGCAGUUUUUUGCUUCUGUCUCCAAUAUUAAACCAUUUUCCUAAUACUCGUUUCUCUCUCUGCGUGUUGUGUUGUUGGCAGCCAUUAUGUGUUGGUGAUACAUCUACACGCCUCACUGUUUCACGUACGUUUUUUUUUUUCUCUAUGUUGUGUACAAAGAUACAGUCGAUUCCGCCUAAGUGAAUAUCUGAUUCGGGGACACUGCACAGCAACCCCCCGACUCUGCCCGCUACCACGCUUGGCGAUUUGUGCUUUUCUCUGGCUCCCGGGCCGGGAUCGCCAAGAGCCCGCUCUGAUGGUCUUUGCCCACACGUGGCGGGGAGUCGCCCCUUCACCCCCUCCGCUCCCCGGCCCCCGACGGGACACGCCGCUCGACAUGGGGGAAGGAGGCUUGCAGACGGGGGAGGCCAAAGGUCUGUCCCUGCACCCCAACACGGGGGAGCAGGUGGGCAGGGACGGGGGCGGGAGCAGGGCGUGGGCUGGGGUGGUGAGUGGCUGGGACUCAGGCCCACAGCAGGCAGGGAAGGCCCGGGUCCGAGGGGCCCUCUCUCCGCCGCGCUCACGCCCCUCCUGGCUUUUCAGAGGCCUCGUCCAUCACCCCCCACCAGUUUCCCGGAACUGCUCCCCCUAGAACUCAGCCACGGGCCCCCUUCCGGUGCCCUCCGCAUGCUCAGGAACUGGCUCGCCCUCCAAGUGCUCUUAAAAGUGCCCACCGCUGCUGGCCCCCAGCCCCUCCCUGCUCAGGCCCCGCCCCGCAGCCUUCCUGGGGACGUGAGGACACUUUCCCGCAGGUGCUCAGAGGGCCUGGCACAGGACCGGAGUCGGCCAAACCCAGCGCAGCCUCCGCCCGGGCCUCUGCACCCCUCCCGAGAGAGGCCAGGGGGCUAAGAAUGUGCCGCUUUAUUUUUGGUGGGGGCCGGACUGGGGGGCUGGGGGGCUGGGGGGGGCUGGCGGUCAGUUCUUCCGAGAUCCAAGUGUCUGUGUCCGAGGUACCUUAGGGGACGCCGGUGGCCCCUGCGUUUGGCACGAGGCAGAAUGCUUGUGCCAAGUCGAGGAAGGGAAUGAUGGAGGCAGCUCCCUGUUGUUCGGGAAACUCAGGAUUCUCCAGACGGGAGCAAGGAGGCAGGCUGAGUGCACGGGGCGCCCAGGCCAGGAAGUGAAUCUCCAAGCGAAUCAUUCCUGAUAAGUGAAUAAAAUAUUGUGGCCAAACAAUCAGCUUAUUCACUUAUCAGGAAUCGACUGUUCUGCUCGGUCACUGUUUCUGUUCCUCAUCUCUGUUGUAGUUCACUAUUUUUGCUGUGUUCUGUUCUCUCCUCUCAUGCUUGGGCAAAAUCACUGGAAAUCCUCUCCGUGUGACCAUGAGGCGUUUCUAUCGAGUGAAAAUGAUUAUCUUAACAAAAUCUAUGCACUGCUAUCAGGAACACAAUACUGGAUGUGUCUUAUAUAUAUUGAACUAUAUAGUACUCGAUUUCUUAAAUAAAGCUUAAGAAAGGAC